GUCUAAAUAAAUUGUAAUAAAAAAAAUAUUUUUGUAUGAUUUCGAUUCAUAGGGAAUUUAUUUACUGCACAUGAUUUCAAACAUAAAGUAACUAGUGGCGGGAAUAGAUGUGACGCUUAACGUUUUAUCGCUGCGUGAUGUUUCUAUCGAUAAUAAAGUAUGAUUUACGAUGAAUCUUUAAUCAAAGUAUAUAUAUGUAUAUGUGUUUUUUGUCCGUGUGAUUUUGUGCCACGUAUUAUUUAAUAAUUCAUUGUUAUAUAAAGGUGUUAAUAAAUUAUCGAACUAUAUUAUUGCGCAUUAAAUGAGGUUAUUCCGGUUGUAACGUAUUAACUUGAAAUAAAAAGAAUAAAUGCUUAAGAAUUACAUACAUUAUUUUAAAUUGCCUUCAUAAUGGAUAUUUUGGCGACGCAAGUAUUGGAAGACGAUGAUCUUUCAUCAACACCACCAAUAUUGUACUCUCUGAACCAGGUCGGCGUAUUAAAUGUUGGUUCCAAUACAUAUCCAAUUAAGGAAGGGAUUAAUAAAAUUGGUAGACAUGCAGAAUGUGACAUUGUACUGAACGAACAGACGGUAUCAAAGAAACACGCAGAAAUCGAGGCUAACGGCCACGAGACAUCGGCAUGGAUUUGCGACCUGAAUUCUUCCAACAAGACGAAACUGAACAAUUCAGUUUUACGGCCAGGCCGAUGUUACGAGCUCAAAGAUGGAGGUGUUCUCGAAUUUGGAACGACGCGUGCGGUCUUCAGACUCUGUUCAUCACUAGACGACUCCAUGAUACCAGAAACUCCGUUGCCACCUCGGCAAAAUAAUCAACAGCUCAUUCCAGGAACACCUGAUUCCUCGGUUGAGUUGAGCACAUCGUCUCUGGGAGACAAUGUGUCCAUGAUUCCGGGAACCCAAGGCGACAAUCAAGAAUCAAUGUUUCGACGUCCGUCUGUGCCUCAGAGAAGCUCCACGAGCAAGAAGAAGAGUUUUGUGCAUGACUCCUUCGUUGAUGACAGCACUGACAAUUCUAGGAGUUUUACCGUAGGAAACAAGGAAAACGUAGGUAGACAGACAACCAGCAUUCACGAUAUGGAGACCCAGAAGACAUUCGAAUCGCUAGAUGAAACGGGUGACGAUAUUUACGAUGUUGAGACUCAAAAGAUUUGUCUGAGUAACAUCAAAAACCCCGCGGAACUGCCGCAAGACGAGACAAGUGAUAUUCAUGACAUGGAAACGCAACACGAGGACACCGAAGAUAACACAUUCGGUACUAAUGAGACGAAGGUGCAGAGCGAUGUAGACAUUCACGACGCGAAGACGCCGAAAAGAUCUGGUACUCGGAGUGUUACAUGGGAUAUCGACGAUAGUGCUCGAAAUAAUCUCGCGGCAAGUCCAACAGCGGAGAAAAGUCCCGAAACAGUGAUACCAAAGACAGAAGUUACAGAAGAUACGUUCUCUUCAGACAGUCAUAACGAAGAUAAAAUUAAGGAAGAUGAUACGAUACGCACUGAAUAUUCGAAGGACUUGCAAAAGACUUCCGAAGAGUACCUGCAGUUGUCGCUCAACACGAACUUCGAGGAGGAGGAUUGCUCGGAACUUGACAUAAGCCGCAAUUUACUUGGAUCACAGAAUCUGUUAGAUCAUCUUAUGGAAGAGAACAGACCAGAUCAGACGAAAUCGAAAGUACCGACACCUGAGAAAUCUACAAGUGAGAACGACAUCGAGGAGAAGAGUACCGACGAUGAAAAUAUAUUUGAUGCUGUGACUCAGGUUAAGAUCCACGACGAAAAUGCUUACAAAGGCGUGUCUCAAAACGUUAAUGACGUGUUUAAGGUUUCUGCGGAUGACUCUGAUGAAACUAAUCAAGGCGUAUUUCAAAGUUACUCGUAUGUCAGAAGCAAAGACACCGAGAAGUCCUCGCAAGAUCAAUCUGUUAGCGACGAUUCGGAUACCGACGAAGAGGGACAGUUCUUGAAAAUAGCCUUAAGAGAAAGGCAGAAAGUUAAAUCUCCCUUUGAAAGACCACAAAACGGCGAUAGCGAAGCAAAAACUAAUCGCAGUUCGAGCAAAGAAUCGGAAGAUAUGUUUGAUAUGCUUACUCAGCAUACAAAUCCGGCGAACAAAAAAUCGUUGAUGAAAAAGAAUAAUGACGAUGAUAAAUGCGAGGUGGACUUUGACGCGCCUACGCAAGUAAUAGUUCAAGAAAAAUCGAGAACAGAUGAGGAACCCAAAGACAUCGAAUUAAUGGAAACACAAAUUCUGCCAAAAACCGAAUUUCCUGUGAAAGAAGUUCCUUCCACUAGUGUAACAGAGCACAAAAAAGUUGCAAUCGAUCAGGAUGUCACUGAAAUGGAGGACGAUGUAGCCACUCAAAUAAUCACACCACCAAAAGAGAUUUCAAAUGAAUCUCCGACUCAAUUGAUUGAAAAUAUUAUAGAAGAGUGCAGCGUUGAAGAUAUUGACUAUGAAACGGCACCUACACAGUUAAUAGUCGAUACCUCGGAAGAGAAAUCGAACAAAAAAAAAGUCCCGAAAAAGUCCAAAGUUCCUAAUGUAUCCAGCUUGGUAAAUGAUAGCUUGGAAAGAAAUUUGAACGCGAUGUUUGGCGAUGUAACCGACGAUUCUCUCGAAGAUCAACAGCAGAUAUCGACUCAAGUUCUUAGAAACGUGUUGCAGUUAUCUGAGUGCGAAGAUGAACCACAAAACACGAAACCUACAUCUAAUGUAGAUAGCGAUUCCGCAACGAAGGACAAAGUAAAAAAAUCCACCAGAAAGUCACGAAGAAAAUCUCAAGCAGCAGUAAGUGGCUCGAGUUCAGCGGUCAACAAGAAAACCCGUGUAUCCGCUGUAAAGGAUGUAAAUACUGAUAGCGAUUCCCAAAAUACAGAAAAUUAUUUCUCCGUUCUUACUUCAAGGCGGAAACGUAAUGUUCUAAUAGAUUCUCAAGACCUUGCCGAAGCAAGUGAACACAAAUCUGAUGACGAAGAGAAAAAUGAACACAAAUCUGAUGACGAAGAGAAGAAUGAACACAAAUCUAAUGACGAAGAGAAAAAUGAACACAAAUCUAAUGAUGAAGAGAAAAAUGAACAAACUGCUGAAUCAGAAACUAUUAAUAUUGUGGAGGAUAAAAGCAGCGUUUGCGAUAAUCCAAGAUCCAAGUCUGAAACACCAACGCCAAUGGCAGCGGAAAAGAAGAAAUACGUAGAACCAAAGGUUGUUCUGGAACAAAUAACGAUUCCCAUUGAAAAACCAAAAGUUCCAGAAGAAAUGGCGGUCUCAUGCGAGAAACCAAUAGAAAGUUCAAAAGAAACAGAGUUGCCAAACGAAGAACCCAAAGUUGUUCCAGAAGAAGUAGCGAUCCCAUGCGAGAAACCAAAAGACAGUUCAGAAGAAACGGCGGUGUCAAACGAAGAACCCAAAGUUGCUUCAGAAGAAAUGGCGAUCCCAUGCGAGAAACCAAAAGAUAGUUCAGAAGAAACAGCGGUGUCAAACGAAGAACCCAAAGUUGCUUCAGAAGAAAUGGCGAUCCCAUGCGAGAAACCAAAAGAUAGUUCAGAAGAAACAGCGGUGUCAAACGAAGAACCCAAAGUUGCUUCAGAAGAAAUGGCGAUCCCAUGCGAGAAACCAAAAGAUAGUUCAGAAGAAACAGCGGUGUCAAACGAAGAACCCAAAGUUGCUUCAGAAGAAAUGGCGAUCCCAUGCGAGAAACCAAAAGAUAGUUCAGAAGAAACAGCGGUGUCAAACGAAGAACCCAAAGUUGUUCCAGAAGAAAAAGCGGCCGUAGAAGAUUUAUCGAACAAACCUUCCACAGAGAUAAACGAGCCCAUACCUAGCACAUCGAAUGAUCUUGAAGACAAACAAAAUCAUUCGAUGUUAGAUGACGAUGACGAGGACAUUCUGGCCGGUUUACCUGAAGUUAGAAUUUCGGGUACAUUAUGGAAUCCACCAAGUCCAUCAUUGUCAUCAAAAUCGGAAGAUAUUGAGUCGACAAAGAGUAAGACUGCUGCUUCAAAAAAGAAAGGAUCGACACGAAAGUCGACUCGCAAAAGAAGAGUUACUCGUAAAGUCGCUGAAAACAUUGAAACUUAUCUGUCCAUCAACAAACCGGAUCCGAAUCGUUCGAAAAGUUUGUCGGAUGCGGCACCUGCCGAUAUCGAUACCGAUGCGUUAUCUACGGAAAUUAGCGAGAAAGUAAAUGAAAAUCCGAAACGAUCUCUGAGAAACGCGACAACCGGCAGUUCGCAAUCAUCCAAGGAAAGCGAUUCUCUUGACGGCAAAUCGACCCCUUCCGUCGAUAACGUGCAAGAGCAGGCAAGACGAAGUCCUUUCGUUCAGAGCAACGGAAGAACUCGUAAUUCCAGCAAAAAGGAUGUUGAUCGUUCGUCUAUUUUUCAGGUUAGAACAGAAGCUCCGGCUGAAAAUAUUGAACCUGCGAAAUCAAACGUAAACGCGUCUCGCACUGGAAAGAGGUCGCUUAGCACGACGGAUGGAGUUGAAGAUAACGCCGUUAAGAAACCUCGAGAAGAAGAAGAAAGCACGCUUAAAACUACCAGAAGUAAGAGGAGUAACUCUAAGAGCGGCAAACGGUAUACUGCAAAUAUUAUGAACCCCCUCACGCUGAAAAAUUCACCGAUUAAUAUAAAAGAUCCGGAUAGAACAAAAUUACCUCUGGAUGAGUCGAAUUUAAUAAAUAAACAGGCGGUAAUAAACAUCAUUAGAAUAUCGCCAUAUGAUAGUGCAUCGUCACUGUCUCCGAGUAGCCCAGUAGAGUUUAUAGCUAAAGGCGUAUCGAAAGAAGCUAAGCUUGCUGCACCUAAGGCGAUACUCGGACAAAGUAGAGUAUCGCCUCUUCCGAAAGUAGAACCGCGACAAUCCAGAAGCCGAAAGGCAGCCAGCAAGUUCACAGUUAUAGAAGAGGAUGCUAGUCCUCGAGGAGCCGAAUCGCAAGAGGUAGAGGAGAUCAUGAGCGGUUCGCUCAUAGAAGAAAAUAUUAAUACGGGUAUAGAUACAAGGACACCUGUUGAUACGAACGAAGAUGUCGACACGAACAAAAAGGGUGCUAAAACCAGGAAUUCAAGAAAACGCACACGCACGAACACCCCUUCUAGUAGAGAUGCCAGUGUCAGCAGUAUUUCCUCUGAUGUAUGUGAAGCCAACGAAACCCAUUUCGAAGUACCUGCCUCGAGAAGUAAACGAGCUAAAAUUUCGAAGAAUAUUUCAAAUGUUCCUGAUAUUACUGUAAAUGAAGAACCUGUUGCGAAAGCAAGAAACAGUAGACAGUCAACGAGAGCGAAACAAGCCCAGCCACAGGUAAUUCCUGAGUCUUCAGAAGAAGAACAUUUGGAAAAUAGUGCCGAUCAAAGUAACUUGGACACUACUGUAAAUACGACUAAAUCUAGAAGAGGACAAAGAACGAAAGCGGGAAAAGCUGCAGCUAACAAAACGGAAGAUAAAAGUAUUAUAGACAAUAGUGUUUCUUCGGAAAUUAAUUCCAGCAUCGAUAAUGCAUCGAUAAAUUCAACUCUUAGUAGAGUAAGAAAAAGUGUGUCUUCAGCUGCAUCGCCGCUUAAAACAAAACACAAAAUUCUAAUGACCGGUUUAGCAAAUAGUGAUUACAAACAGUUAUUAAAAAAGCUAGGUGCAUCUUCAGUGGAAAAUCCAAACAACUGUACCGUAUUGGUUACGGACCAAGUGCGAAGGACCGUCAAAUUCUUAUGUGCUUUAGCGCAGUCUAUACCGAUAGUUUCAGUCGAUUGGUUGGUUGAAAGCGACAAAGUUGGGCAUUUUGUAGAGCUGGAGAAUUAUAUAUUAAAAGACCCUGCUGCAGAAGCGAAGUUCGGUUUCAGAUUGAGGGGUAGUUUGGAAAAGGCCAAGGAACAUAAGCUGCUUGAGGGUUACACUAUCUUGUUAACACCGAAGGUGAAACCACCUGUACCAGAAUUAAAAACUAUAAUUACUUCAUGCGGUGGUAAAGCUUUGGUGAAACCACCGCAGUCAUGGCCUGAAAAAGCGUUAAUUAUUUCUUGCGAGGAAGAUUUAAUGAACGCAAAGAAACUUCUUGCAAAAGCGCCGAAAAACGUUACUGUUCAGAAAACAGAAUUUAUAUUAACCGGCAUUUUGAAGCAGGAAUUGGAUUUUACUGAACAUAAAUUAAUAUGAUUUUUUAUAAAUCUCGUACAUAAAUCAUAAAUAUCCUACUAAAGAGAAGUAAGGUUCUUUUAUAUAUUCGACAUCCAACUGUACACGAAGUGUUUCUUUUAAAAUAGCUGUACAAUUUGAAAACAAAUUUUAUGUGCAAAAAAUAAAAAUUUUUUAUUCGAAAUUGGUAUAUAGUUUGUAGCAGAUGUGGUUGAAGAGACCAGUGCAUUUUGGCACAUUGCCAAAACUUUGUACUCAACACAACAAACAUACUCUGAAUAAAAUAAAUUGAUAUUUUUUGUACUAAUUAUAAACUUUAUUAUUCAUCAGGAUUAAGUACAUAAUUAAUUAAACUUAAUACUUUCAACUUUUAAAUAAACUUAAAAGAAACCUCGUUAAAUUAAACAAAAAUUAACGUAUUUUGAGAAACAAAUGCAUUCUUCUUGCAAUACUCAUACUAAAUGAAGUAUUAGCCUCGUUAAAUAAACUUUUAAUGAUUAAGUUGAGCAAUGUUUUUAUAUCAAUGAAAUAUUUUUAACUAUAUGCUCAAUAUCUACAAGGUUUUUUACAUAUUUUAAGUCCAAUUUGAAUAUUAGCAUAUAUAUCCUAACAUCAUGAAACUACAGGCUCACUCAGGUAACUCUGUACGAAGAGUAGUCCUACCUAAAUAUGUAGUAU